AUGGUCUUAAAAUCUACGUUGCGAUCUAGGUCUAAGUCACGGUCUAAAUCUAACUCACAGUCAUUGUCUAAGUCACUGUCAAGAUUACAGUCACCGUCUAGAAUGAAAUCACGAUCAAGAUCACAGUCGCCGCCAGGAACGGAGUCGCUGUCAAGAUUACGGGCACUUUCAAAGUCACAAUCAAGAUCACAGUCGCCGUCUGGAUCGAAGUUACAAUCUAACACUAAGUCACGCUCUAGGUCUAAGUCACGUUCUAGAUCUAAGUCACGUUCAAGGUCAAUUUCAAGUAUCGUUGGUGGUGUGUCUUUCGACCUCUCAAGAUUUUCGUCAAAAUCAAGGUCUAAGUCACGUUCUAGGUCUAAGUCAAAGACAAGGUCAAAGUCAAAGUCACGUUCUAGGUCUAAGUCAAAGACAAGGUCAAAGUCAAAGUCAAGAUCUGAGUCAAAGUCAACGUCUAAGUCACGUUCUAGAUCUAAGUCAAAGUCAAGGUCAAAGUCACGUUCUAUAUCGAAGUCAAAGUCAAGGUCUAAGUCACGGUCUAGCUCAAAGUCACGGUCUAGGUCAAAGUCGAGGUCUAGGUCAAAGUCACGGUCUAGGUCUAAUUCACGGUCAAGGUCAAAAUCACGGUCUAGGACAAAAUCACGGUCUAGCUCUAAGUCACGGUCCAGGUGUAAUUCACGCUCUAGGUCUAAGUCACGAUCUAGAUCUAAGUCACGUUCAAGGUCAAUUUCAAGUAUCGUUGGUGGUGUGUCUUUCGACCUCUCAAGAUUUUCGUCAAAUCAAGGUCUAAGUCACGUUCUAGGUCUAAGUCAAAGACAAGGUCAAAGUCAAAGUCACGUUCUAGGUCUAAGUCAAAGACAAGGUCAAAGUCAAAGUCAAGAUCUGAGUCAAAGUCAACGUCUAAGUCACGUUCUGAUCUAAGUCAAAGUCAAGGUCAAAGUCACGUUCUAUAUCGAAGUCAAAGUCAAGGUCUAAGUCACGGUCUAGCUCAAAGUCGAGGUCUAGGUCAAAGUCACGGUCUAGGUCUAAUUCACGGUCAAGGUCAAAAUCACGGUCUAGCUCUAAGUCAGGUCUAGGACAAAUCACG